AAACCUGGACGCCUGGACUUCCUGUGGUACAAGGAUGAUGAUGAUGAUGGUGAUGAUGAAGGACACCGACCUCUGGUUGAACCAUCAACCAGCUUCAGGAAGACCCGAGAGGAUCAGAAGGACCCAGAUUUUCAGAUCCCGUUGAGGCUACACGUCCCGUCGGUCCGGUCCGAGCGGAGAAGACCCGGCAGACCUCCGUCCAGCAUCACCAGGAACCACCUGAAUCUCAGAGUCCGGGUCCUGCAGGACUCUGGGACCGAGGUGCUCUCUAACACCGUGUUUAACCAAAGCCCGGUUCAGGAGCUGAAYUGUCCUCUCGGUCUUUCGGAGGCGGACUUCCUGGACCUCCUGAGGUCCACCUUCCCUCAGCUGGCGAACGGCGAACCUUUCGACCUGCUCCUGAGCAAUAAGAACCGGAGGCUGUGGCCUCUGAAGGUCCGAUCCGUGACUCCAGAGGAGAUCGAUGCCACCAUCAGGUCCUGCGGACACUCGGCCCUCUACGUCCGGCUGAAGAAACACCACGAUGAUGACGAGGGUCCUUCCAUGUCUGAUGAUCCAAACAAAGAGCUCACAGGGURGUCUCCUGCGGGCCCGCCGGAGAAGAGGAGGCGUGGCCGGCCUCGGCUCGGUGAAGAACCGUCUCACUACYUCCUGCGUCUCUGCGUGUUGGAGGGUCCGCUGUCCGAGGCGUUCUCAGAGGCCCCCUUCGCUCCCGUCGAACCCCAGACCUUCUCGGAGCUCCGCAGGUCGUCGGUCCUGGACCUGAAGUGUCCUCGGGGUCUGCAGGAGGGCGAGUUUCUGGACCUGCUCAGGUCCACCUUGCCUCAGCUGGCCGGCGAGGACAAGAAGUUCAACAUGUACAGAUGUGAUCGCAGCAAAAAGCUGCUGAGGCUCAGAGUGAAGAGCUUCACUCCGGAGGAGAUCUUCAGGAGUUUCACCAACACGGGGACCAGGAAGUCUCUGCUCUACAUCAAGCUGAAGACAGGAGAUGAGGAGGACGAGGAGGAGGAGGAGGAGCAGGAAGUUAAAGAUGAAUACGUUUCCACUGAUGGACCCAUGAUGGAGACUGAGGCUGGUUUGAGUUCAAGCCUUGUUCAUCUUGAGGAGUUUCUGCCGACUAAAAUUCAAAGAUCCAGGAAGUUCACAGAGAAGAAGAGGAUUAAGGAGUCCUGUAAGGUGUGUGGAUUCAGGUACACCAUCAUGGGGGGCUUGGUCCGACAUGCCUGGAGUCAUUUGGACCACCCACAAUGCAUCUGUGCCGUUUGUGGGGAAAGUUUUGGGUCUUCCAAUGAGCUGAAAGACCAUCUCCAGUCUCACCAGAAAUCAUAUGUUUGUUCAUUCUGUGGGAAGGCUUUCAUCACCAUGACUGGCCUUAAUAACCACGAGUCUGUGCACACCGGGAACAGACCACACAAGUGUACCGUUUGCAGCAAGACCUUUGCUCAAGAGUCAAAGCUGAUGGUUCACCGAUGGGUCCACAUGGAGGAGAAACCACACAAAUGUGAUUUAUGCUCCAGAUCGUUCGGUCUGAAAGCCCAGCUGAUGGCUCACAGGAAAUGGCACGCCGGCAGAGACAAAUUCAUCUGUAACAUCUGCGACAGGGCUCUCUUCGAUCUCAGGUCUCUGACUCGCCACAAGAUGACCCACUCGGGCGAGCGGCGUUUCAGCUGCAAGGUGUGUGGGAAGUGCUUCAAACUUGAAGGGACCCUGAAGUCCCAUGAGAAGAUCCACACUCACAGGGAGAYGUCGUACCUCUGCCACAUCUGCUGCAAAACCUUCUUCUGCAACUCCAGCCUGAUGAACCACAUGAAGACGCACAGCGGCGAGAGACCGUUCGUCUGCAGCGUGUGCGGGAAGGGCUUCCUGAACAAGUCCGAGCUCAUAAAGCACACGCGGGUUCACACCGGAGAGGCACCGUACGGAUGCUCCGAGUGCGGACGCUUCUUCAAGCUGAAGAGCACCUUGAACUCCCACAUCUUGACCCACACGGGCGUCAAACGCUUCGUCUGCGGAGUCUGUGGGAAAGCUUGUUCUCGACAGGAACACUUGACGGUCCACAUGAGGACCCACAACGGAGAGAGACCCUACAAGUGCACCGUCUGCGAGAAAGACUUCACCCAGAGCCACUGUCUGAAAACGCACAUGAAGACCCACCA